AUGUUGCGAAACGUUCGUUCCUGCAAUUCCCUAUUGGUUCGCUGCUACUCCCAAGGUGCGGGAGCUGCAAAACCCACUGGUGGUGCCACAACCCCCAAUGUUACAGGUCUUAGCUCGAAUUGUGUAAAACCCACAAGCGGACCCGUCGGAUUUAUGGGUGCUUCGGCCGAUAAUCCCAACUACAAAGUUCCAGAAUAUUUCUCCUUCAAUCGUUUUUCGUAUCAUGAAGCUGAAGUGGAAAUGGCCAAAUAUCGUUGCCCCCAACCAUCUGCCUUGAAAAAGAACUAA